AUGAAGUUCUGCAAGACCUACCAGCAGUACAUGCAAGGGCAGGGCCAUAAACUCCCUGCUGUUGGCUUCAAGAAGCUCAAAAAGAUCAUGAAAAGGUGCAGGAGAGCCUCCACACCCACCUGCCCAGAUCGUUGCCCAGUGUGCGAUGGGACCUUUUUCCCUUCCCUUCUCAAUGAGAUGUCAGACAUAGUAGGAUGCUUUAACCAGCGAGCGCAGGCAUUGCUGGAACUACAUCUUGCUUCUGGCUUCAGAAAAUACUUUCUUAUGUUGAAAGGAAAAUUGCAGAGGAAUCAUAAUGCUCUAAUCGAAGAAGGCAAAGAUCUAGUCAUAUAUGCACUUAUAAAUGCCAUUGCAAUUCGAAAAAUAUUAAAGAAAUAUGACAAGAUUCAUUAUUCCAAGCAAGGCCAAUUAUUCAAGUCAAAAGUCCAGACAAUGCACAAGGAAAUUCUUCAAAGUCCUUGGCUUUGUGAGCUUAUUGCCUUACACAUUAACUUAAGGGGAAAAAAGGCCAAGUCAAGGGAGGCAGCUGCACUAUUUGAUGGAUGUUAUCUCACAUUCAAGGAUGGAAAACCUUCACUUAGUUGUGAGCUCUUUGAUUCCAUCAAAAUUGACAUUACCCUCACAUGCUCCAUAUGCUUGGAUACAGUGUUUGAUCCAGUUUCUUUGAUGUGCGGUCACAUAUUCUGCUACUCCUGCGCUUGCUCAGCUGCAUCAGUCACCAUUGUCGAUGGACUUAAGGCAGCAAAUUCCAAACAAAAAUGUCCUCUUUGCCGACAGGAAAGAGCUUACGAUGAUGCUGUGCACUUGGAAGAAUUGAAUAUUCUGCUUGGCCGAAGCUGCAAAGAGUACUGGGAGCAAAGGCUUCAGAUGGAAAGAACAGAGAGGGUUAAGCAAGUGAAGGAGCACUGGGAAACGCAGUGUAGGGUGUUCGUGGGCAUCUAA